AUGUCUUCAGCUCCGUACGUCAAUGUCGUCCAUUUCGUCACCCAAGAGUCUCGUCCAAAGUCGUUUAAGGAGCUCACGAAAGCCAUACAUAAUUUCAUACCCACCGCGAAAUACCCGCUCCCCGACGACAUCGUUGAGAUUAUCGAGGCUUACCUAAACAAGCAUGAGAAGUUCGACGAAAGUAUAGCCGACAAGGUCAACGAUGAAUUGCUUUCUUUAUUCCAUAAAGAUGUCGCUCAGGUCCCGUCUCGAUAUACAGCAUUCGUUGCCGUCCUUCGCCGUUUACGCCCCAUAAUCGGACAGCCGAGCAAGAUCUUCCAAUGGUUUGACUUACUACUUCUAGUACUGAACCAUCUGGAUCAAGAGAGAGGUCUUGCUUCUGAAGUAGAGGGUGUCCUUCUGGACGUCCUUACUGCCGAUGAUGGCGAUGACCCUAGUUCACCCACUGGUGGUGGUGCUCCUCAACUUGCAGAACGUAUCUUACUGCUGUGGCUUGAUGAAUAUGAAGCUAUCGGGAAAGGCCCUGAUGUAAUGACGGAGUUCAAAGAAAAGCAGUUGCGAAAGACUUUGCUGCAUUACGGGAAAAGACGUCCAAAAGAUCUCUUGACUGUUCUUGACCUUUACGUGGUAAAGAAAACGUACCGUGCCCGUGCUCUGUCGUUUCUGGGUAUUUUCGUACAGAGCCAACCGCCGCAUCUACAUCUUAUCUUGCAAACCCCAUUGUUUAAUAGUUUAAUCAACUGUCUUCAGCUAGAUACGUCUACAACUAUUGUAUCCCUAGCUUUGACCGCGUUGACCAUGAUCCUACCUCAUAUGCCAAGUUCUCUCGUUCCUCACCUGCCCACGCUAUUUAACAUAUAUGCGAGGUUGCUCUUUUGGGAGCGAGAAUUGUCCGCUCAAACGGUGGCGGAUGUAGAUCCAGAUCGAAGGUUGUCCCCUGAUACUCUCGCCUGGGAAAGGCUCUCAUAUUCGUCCGACUUCGACGACACAACCAUUCCACAACUCCUUUAUUAUUUCACAGUGCUCUACGGCCUCUACCCUAUCAACUUUAUGGAUUAUAUUCGGAAGCCACAGCGAUACCUUCGACAUGCGGAUGUCCCCGAUGCCGAUGAUAUUGAGGUUCAACCUACCGAAAUACGUCACGCGUCUGAAAGAUUUCGGCAAUGCCAUCUGCUCCAUGAGAACUUCUAUACUCUCACUAUUGAUUCAGAGAAAACCGACUUUGGAAGAUGGAUCAAAAGUGAGCCAGCUGAAGUCGUAGCAGACUGCGUGGCGCUCUAUCGCUCAAGUGAGGCAUUCCCUACUCAAGACAUCACGCAGGCGAAUCAUAGCGUACAUGAAAGAGACGAGCCUGAAAAGGGCAGCCAUGAAUCUGCACUGCUGAGCGGCUCUUAUCAUUUCAGUAACCCGGCGUUCAGUCCUCUUGAAGGAGAUAAUCGGCGGAAUACUGGGUCAACUUUGACGGAAUCUAUUACGAGUGGUAAAGUACAAUCCGCCGUGCUACGCCAGUCAUCUAUAAGCAGCCACCACUCAAAUCGAGACACUUCACCUAAACCACUCGGAAUUGGUAAUGACAGUCCGACCCUAUCUCGUCAAAUUGUCCCGUCUGCUUCACAAACUCAUCUCCAAGACUUGCUAAAUUCUAAUAAAGCCAUCAAAUCCGGGCUACAUCAAUCCAUGCCAAAUGACAGCGUCCCAUCUCUUUCGUUGAGCUACCAUGAAUCUAUUUCUGACAUUCCGGGAUCACAACUCCAGCUAAAUUCACAACAAGUUAACCCUUCUCAGUCUCCAACCGAAGGCAACAGUGCUCAGAUAGCACAUUUGCAGCGCCAAUUACUAAUGCUCUACAAUGACCUAACGUUUGAGCGAUUUAUGAAGCAGCAGCACCUCACUCACAUGGGCGUGUUGCGAAGGCGGCACGUUCGAGAAGCAGCAAGCGAGGCCGAAACCCAGAAUUUAAUCAUACAGAAUCGCCAGCUUAGACAGCAAGUAAAGAACGCUAAAGAAUCAGAAAUACAAGCGAAAAAGGAAUCCGAGAAGAGCCGCAUGCUCUCGAAGAAGUGGGAAGCUGAUCUCACUGCCAAGCUGAGAGCGCUUCGUGAAGAACAGAAGAAGUGGAACGCGGAAGGGGAUACUUUACGAACCGAGUUAGAUGCGGCAAAACGCGAGGCAGAGAAAUUGCGUCUAUUAGUUUGCGAGGCUGAAGUUAGAGAACUAGGCCUCAAGCAAAACAUGCAAUCUGUUGAGAUCAGCGUAAGCGAGCUGGAGAGGUUGAGGAAAGAUGUAGAACGAUUGACAGAAUCCGAACGAAAUUACCAAGCUAAGGAGACAGAACGACAACUUAUGGUAACGCGCGCAGCACAAGCGGAUAGCCGAGCUGAGGCGUUGGAGAUAAAGCUUAGAGCCUGCGAAUCUGAUAUCCAGAGAAUACACGGCACAUAUCAGUCGCAAAUUACCGCUCUCAAUGCCAAGCUUCAGGAUCUGCUCAAGAACAAUACAGGACGCAAUUCUGAAGACUUGAAGGUGCAGUUUGAGAAUGCUCUAGGGACGAGCCGAGCGCAGCAGACAGAACUCAAGAGCCGCAUUGCAGAGCUCACGAAGAAGAACACGGCUUUGCAAGCAAACAUACUUGAAUUGCAGUCUACAAUAUCCAACCUCUCGAAGCCCGAUGCUCAUCCGCUCACCGACCCGGAGGUUGACAUGUCUUCCGAUUCAGGUAGCCCAUUGACACGUCGAAAACACCAACAGCGCGGGUUAUCUGAGCAAGAUGUGUUUGAACCGACAUCAUACAAUGCCACCCCGCCACUCGAGCCGUACAAUAUUGGCCCAGAAAGCCAGGGACGGCGACCGUCUACGCCGCUGAUUGAUACACCUACAACAGGCAAAGGUAGCCCCAAUACGGAGCGAUAUUUCGGACGAGGAGGUAUGCAAAACCUUCGCAAAGACAAGAAGGAAAAGAAGGAGGAAAAGGAGAAAAAGAAGUCGGUUGGCCUACGCGGUAUUAGGGGAUUCGUCUAG